AUAAUCUUGUUAGUAUGAAUGAGUAAUAUUAUAUGCAUGAUGCAUCAAGGAAGAUGCGGAUAAUCUUAUUCCGCAUUCCUGUCGCCGUUGCAACUACCAGCCAUAAUAGCCGGCUGUAUAGGAGCGGGUUAUUAGAAGCCGGAUAGUAUAGUUAGCGCUUGGAAGCUUCAUAUACUAGAAUUCUAUUAUUAUCCUGGGUCGCCGGCUUAAACUCAGUUGGUCUUGGCUCUCUGAACCGUGAGAACAGUUUCGCUUUUCGCACACCUGAGAGCUACCGAGCUGAUGCUACGUUUAUCGUGAUUGAUCCACCGCUCCGCUAAGAGCACAACGCAGUUGCUCAGUCGUUCUUGCGACCAGCAUGCCGAUUGUUUCUUUCGCGAACUCGGUCAUUCUUUAUCGUUGCUUUCCGUAUUAUAUCAUCGUGACUAAUAUUGUUUAGUGUAAACAGAGAAUAAGGUGUAAAAGAAAAUGCCAUACUAUAACGACGUUCCCUACUAUUAUGGGGGAGCUUACUCUAAUCACAGCUCGCUAAUGACGGGCACACCACGACCCUUUCAUACUCCGCUGUCGCGUUUCUCGCCUCAUCUGUCGACGAUCUCGGAAUCUCCGCUCUGCCAUUUGCAUCGGUUUUCGCCAAUUACUGUGAGAUCAACGAGACGAGUAAUCGAUACGGCAGAUAUUGAUGUUUCGUCGCCGAGAAUACUCUCGCACAAUGGAAAUCCUCCUCGAAAUCGGUUGCGUCGCGAUCGGCCGACUAUUAAAAUCAGAUCGCAGGCUUUAAAAGAUAAUCCGGCAUUACGCGAGCAUCAUGAAAAGCAUGAGAAAUCAGUGGGCGAACUAUUAAUGGAAAAGUUCUUUAUCAAGGACAAGAAAUCGGAUGGUGACGGGAGUCAACAAGGAAUACGUUUAUAUCAUCAAAUUAAUUUAGAUCGUUUAGAAGAUUCUCAGGAGCGAGAAGCUAUGCAGAAGCGAGUCACUCGCAGAUUCACUCGACGAAGAUCCUCCGCCGAUUUGCAGCUCGAUCCCGAGCAGAUACAACGAGAGGCUGCGUACGCGCAGGUGGAGGCAAAGGUUCUGGAUAGUCUCGUGGCUGAGGAGCAAGCUCAGAUUGAGAACGAGGCACGGCGAGGUACUCUUGUGUUUCGAAAAGGAUCGACGGCGAGAGGGCCAAUCAUCCCAGAGCACCCUUAUUAUACGAGUAAUGUUGAUUCUGAUACGAUGACACAGGAGGAGGAAGAAGCAGCCGCGACGAGGAUAAGGAAAGCCAUGAAGAAAGCUAAAAAGAAAAAAAGACAGUCCGUUGACAAACUGUCAUCGACUGACAAUAUCGAUAAUAAGCGAUCGAGCACUUCCAGUGAGGUUUCCACUGAUUCGCAGAUUCUUGAGAGUGGUGAAUCAAAAUCUCAAAUGUAUAAGAUAGAGGCAUGUAACAGUGUUGGAGAUUUCUCUACGAUCUGGGUAAAUACAAACGCUGAGAAUGAGAGGCGCAAACAAUCGACAGUUGAACAGCUCAAAGAGGAGGCGAAGGUCUCCAUUCCCAAGAGACUUGAAAAUGGCAUGGAUGUUUCCUUGAACAAUACGGAUGAGAUGGAAACGCAGAUUGUAUUAGCAGUGCGAAAACCUUACAUAAAGGAUCAAUCAAGAAAUAGUGUGUAUUUGACGGUGAAAAAGCCUACAGAAAACUUUAAUAAAAAGCUCGCGGAAAUUAAAAAACUCGAGGUUGAUGAAGAUCAAUCGAGCCUGACGAACAGCUUUGAUGACACCAAAAAUAUUUUUAAAAACAACGCAUUAAAAAGUUCAACAAAUAUAGAUUCAACGGAAUCGAGUUGUAAGCUUCAAAUGACAGAUAAAAACUUUAAAACGUCAAAGAAAACAGAGUAUAAAUCUAAAAAUACAAAAUCUUCAACGAAAAAAGAUAUUUAUUCUAUGUCGAACGAUGAUUCGUUGAAUAAACAAAACAGCAUUGUUAACGAGGCAAUAAAGAGUGAUACACUAGAACUCAAUACUAAAGAUCUAUCAUUGUCGAAGAAAGCCGAGACAACUUCAAGUUCCGUACAAUCAAAUGUUUCAAGUUUUGUGUCGACAUACGUACCGGAAAACAAUUCACAAAUGGAUCAUUUUCAAGGAACAUGUAAAGAAACUUUUAUUGCAGAUGUAAAGAAUGACGAGAGUCAAAAGAACAAUCAUAAUGCAAUCGACGCUACUGAGAAGAUAUUUAACCACUUAGAAGCCGAUUCGGUUGUCAAAACACCAGAAGCUCAUGUCAUAAAAAAUUCUGUCAUUUCCGUUGAAAAUAAGUUUCUAGCAGAGAAAGACAGGCCAAAGAUCUCGCACGAUGAAAACGCGAUAAAGGGAAGUGUUGUCGAGACCGAAGCCAGCGGCAAUGUUGGUGAAAACAGUGCCAACGAUGCAACGCUCACGACAAAUAGCGCGACCUGUCGUUUGCCAAAACUGUCUAAAAUUAAUACGGAUAGAAAUAAUGCCGUAGAAGUGCCAAAGCUUUCGUUACGAGAGACCACAGAGUAUCUGGCGGACUCACCGAAAAGCGAUCGAGACGUCGUCAGAGCUACUGCUGUCGCAUUACCGGAAAAGAAGGUGAAUAAAACGUCAAACUUGGCGCAAGUUUCCGUCGAUGCUUCAAAGAGAACCAAUGGCGUAGACACGGAUAAAUCGACUUUCAAAAUCAACAUGACUCGUUACAAUGAUACCAUCAAAUCGGAGGUUAAAGAAACGACCUUGUCCAAGGAAACAAACGACGAAGUGUGUAGUAAUGAGUAUUUUGAGAAGACAAAAUUGACGACGAAUAUUAAGCCGGCAGAGGAUGUGGAUCUGGUGAAAAUGUUAAGGAAGAAUGCCCAAAAAAUUGACAGAAAUGCGUUAGCCUUGGAAACGACUGAUUCAUCUAAAACCGAUACGAAAGUAAUCGUCACCGAAGCAACAGCUGAUGCAUCAAAAGAAGUUGAAAUAUUAAAGACUAAUACGAUCAAAAAAAUUAAUCAUAUGGAUGUAGGAAAGGAUUCCUCGAGAGAUUUAUCUAGUGUCAAAGUCAAGGUACCGAAAUUUAAUACCAAAGCGUUGACGCUGUUAAAAAACGACGUGAAUGAAAACGGCGUUGCGAAUUCGUCAAAAAUUGGAAAAGAUUCAGGUAUAUUUAAAAUUACAAAAACUAGAGAUGACAAAUCCCUUUUUCGAAACGAUACUGAUAGCGAGACAAGAGUUUUGAAGAAAAGUAUCUCUGUUGAUUCUUCGAAAUUAAUAAAUGAUUGUUCAACAAAUAAUAUUUCCAAAGUUUUCCAACAGUCCAUGUCUAUUGAUGGAAAUACUACAGACAAGAGUACAUCUAUUAAGAAGAUGUCAGAGCCAAAAAAUUCUUCAAGUAAAGUAACAGAAAAGAAACCAACGAAAAUCGACUUUUUACCUCAACCUUUUAUCUCAAUUUUGAGUUGUGAUCCUCAAGAUGAAAGUGCAGUGUUAGUGAGAAGCGCCUCUACCGAAUCCAUUGAUUUUUGGAGUGAGAUCAAAGCGCCGGGUAGUCCCGAAACGACGAGGUCGAAACAACAAAUUGAAUUUCCUCUUCGCGAAGCAAUAGUCACUUCUAAGGUUGAGGAAAAACCCAAUUCGAUGAAUUUAAAAUGGAAAGAUGUAAAGAAAAUUGAGAUUGACGUUAAAGCGAGCACCGCAGCGUUCGAAGAUUCGACAAUUGGAUUCAACAAUACAGUCCUCGAAGAAGAAAAAGAAAAGGAGAGAACUGUUUCGGAAUCUUUAAAAGAGGAAGCAACGGAAAUAGAAAAAAAUGUGCAAAAGUUACCGCUGAAAAAGAAGAAGAAUCUUUCGAUAGCGAUCGAUACUAAGGACACGAACUCGAUCGUGAAGAAAGUUUCAUUGAAGCGCAACGAUUCUGAUACAUCAAUUUCCAUAACUACUCCAGUUGAGGCUGCCAUACCGGUAAUAAAUAUAGUUGAAGCACCCAAUUUAUCCGAAGAGUCCGAUAAUCGAAAAGUCGAUGAGGAGUUCGAGGAUCCCUGCACUCCGACGAACGAACUUUCACCCGAUCCUUCUUUGAUCAGAAAGAUUUCGAGAUGGAGUAAUCAAAACGAUCUGACAAACACUGAUGAUGUGCACACUCCGAUCGCAUCGGAGGAUACCAGCCUGACCGCCAGUCCUAGUAUCAGUCCUCCGCAAUCUUCUAAGACGAAGCGUGUGAUUAAGAAAAAGAAAUUGGCCAAAAGAACACCGUCGGAAAAAAGCGAGAGAGGGUUGAAGGAAACUCGUAGCAAUGAAUCGACAGCAACGAAUCAACAAAACACCGCUAAAUGCAUGCCCGGAAAACAGCUUUUGGCAAAAAUUUCACCAAAAACGUCUCCUAAGUCCAGUCCUAGGAACACACCCUUACAACGGCCGCUCGAUCUUAUAAAGAUGUUUUACACGACACCGUCCGCAUUGCUCACAGCCACGCCGCGAGAUCUUUCCAAAGUCAGACGAGCGAAGAUCAAGAGAAGACGGCAUCAUUCACGUACACCGUCCAUCAGUAGCGACAGUACCGGAAGUACGACGAGUACCGCCACGAUAGGGAGCACAGACGAAAAUAGAUCGACUCGUGUCGAACUGGACGAUGAUUCCGAACACAAAAGAACAAAUUCGACGAGGAGUAAUGAUUCCGGAUUUGAUGGUUCGCCGAGAAUCUCGAAUUGUGAUAUGGCUUGCCACAAGAAGUGCGAGAAACUCACAGGAAACCUAUGUGGAUUGAAUCAAAAGCUAGUCGCUGAAGCAUUGCAAUCUUUAAAAAGAACUCCUUCACAAUCGUCGUCGGACACUCAACGGAAUUCCGAUUCUUCAGAUCAUUUUUCGAGUGGUCGGAUAACACCUCCGGCGACAAAUUUGCCCAGAUUCAAGAAAUAUACCGUAACGGAUUUUAAUUUUCUUAAAGUUUUGGGUAAAGGCAGUUUCGGCAAAGUGUUGCUGGCAGAAUUACGCGGCACAGAAUGCGUAUACGCGGUGAAGUGUUUGAAGAAAGACGUUGUUCUUGAAGACGACGAUGUCGAAUGCACAUUAAUCGAGAGGAAGGUUCUUACGCUAGCGACAAGGCAUCCGUAUCUUUGUCACCUGUUUUGCACCUUUCAGACUGACUCACAUCUCUUCUUCGUUAUGGAAUACCUCAAUGGGGGUGAUCUAAUGUUCCACAUACAGAAAUCCGGUCGAUUCCCCGAAACGCGCGCGCGUUUUUAUGCUGCAGAAAUCUGGUCCGGAUUGAACUUUCUACACAAGAAAGGUAUUGUUUACCGGGACCUCAAGCUCGACAAUGUGCUACUUGACUUCGAAGGUCACAUUAGAAUUGCAGACUUCGGCAUGUGUAAACUUCAAAUUUUUUUGGACAGAACAGCCGAUACGUUUUGCGGUACGCCAGAUUACAUGGCACCAGAGAUAAUAAAAGGACUGAAAUAUAAUCAAGCGGUAGACUGGUGGUCGUAUGGGGUUCUGCUGUACGAGAUGUUAACUGGUCAAUCGCCGUUCUCUGGAUGCGACGAAGACGAGCUGUUCUGGAGCAUUUGUAACGAACGACCGUUUAUACCACGGUAUCUGAGUCAAGAGGCUACCGAUAUACUCAUCUCCGUAUUGGAGAAAGACUCUGGGAAAAGGUUACCCGCUCACGAAAUCGCUGUGCACGCUUUUUUUCAGCAUUUGCCCUGGGAUCGAUUGGAAAGGAGACAAUUGGAACCUCCAUUCAAGCCUGCGCUAGAUCACACUCUGGAUACGAAGUACUUUGAUACGGCAUUCACAACUGAACGUCCGAGGCUCACGCCAGUACCCGAGCAAAUCUUGACCUCGAUGGAUCAGGGUGUUUUCCGUGGAUUCUCCUACACAAAUCCGAACGCGACAGAUUGAUUAUGACAGCUAAAUAGAAUAUGUAUUAACGGAACGAUAUCUGUCAUCUCUAUUUUUUCAUGGCAUGCGAUAACAGGACAAUAGGAUACAUUAAAAUUCUUAUUGGCUUGCAUAAAAAUAAAUUUCUAUUUUUAGAGAAUAGCGUGGAAUAUUGUACAACGUUAACAUAAUAUGCAUAAAUCGUUAAAAAAAUAUAUUCAUGUGAAUGAUGUAAACUGCGAAGAAGAAAUCAAGACACGUAAUGUCUUUUUUCUCACAAUAUAAAAUAUAAAUUUUAAAUGAAUAAUAUGUAUCUUAGGCACUAUCGAUAUAGUAAUAUAUAUUUAUAUAGCAAUGUAUAUGAAUAUAUCAAUAUACAUAAGUAGAUAGAUAAAAGUUAAAAGACAAAGCGAUUACUCAUAAAUUAUACUUUUUUUAUACAUAUACAAUACGAUUUAUUCUAUCAAAUUAAAAAAAAAUAAAUAUUUGUUAUUCUAUAAAAUAUAUUUUUUAUGAUAUGGGUUAUAUGUAUAUACAGGUAUGCAUUCAUAAAAUGCAUUAAACAAUUCAUGAGUAAUUGCUUUACUUUUCAACUUUUUAAAAUAUGUAAAUACGAUUGGAAAAUUAAGUAAUGACACGCAAAUUGCAUAUGAUUCGCGUUUAACGUAAAGUUUCUAUUAUUAAUGUUCCUUGAAUUAUAAUUAUCCGUGCGCACAGACUAUAACCGAUAAGUGGGAAAGUACAUUGAUUUUUAUAUUGUAGAGAAAUAGAAUAAUAGAUUGAUGAAUAAUCAAAAUAUGCAAUUGACAAUGUUUAUUUAAUUUAGUUAAUUACUUUCAUAGUUGCGGCAGAAUUAUGUAUGUUCUAGUUUUUUCAAAAAUGAAUGAUUUGUAAUUAUUACAAAAAUAUUAUUAAAUGUUAAACUUAG